UAAUAAGACAACUUCUAACAUGAUGACACAGUGACUGAAUCGGAGGGAGGGACCGUCGCCAAAGGUCGCACCCACUCCAUCCAUCCUCUAUAGCAAAAAUCCAAAAAAGAAGAAGAAGAAGAAAAUAAAAAAAAUAAAGGCAAUAAAUAAGAGUAGAGAAUAUAAAAUGUAAAAUGACGCCUGCUCUCUUUUCAUUCCCAUUCCUUUAUUAUAUUUUAACUUUCUCCCUCUCCUCUCUCCAUCUCUUCCUCAAUCCAACACACCUCCUCAACUCCGUUCCGUUCAUUUACCCUUUCUCCGUUUUCUUCCUUUUUUUUUUCUUUUCUCUCGAUUCCACCCUCUGAGUUCAUCAAAUCGACGCUUCUGUUAACAUUCACCGAAUCGUACGGUGUAGAGAGGGAGAGAGAGAGAGAGAGAAUAUUAGAGGAUUUUGAUCCGGUGAGAUGGCGUCCAUGGUAACGAAUCCUGUGACGAACGCAAAUUCUGAUCGCAGCAAAAGGAAAAAGAAGAAAUCAAUGAUCAUGGAAGACAAUCACCAGAGUCACGCCAGAUGGAAAUCGGAGGCGCAGCAGCAAAUCUAUUCCUCCAAGCUUCUUCAGGCUUUGAGCCAGGUCAGCCUCAACACUUCUUCCUCUUCGGCUCCGCGCGGUGGCCGAGCCGUCCGUGAAGCCGCUGAUAGAGCUUUGGCCGUUGCUGCUAAAGGGAGGACUAGGUGGAGCCGGGCCAUUUUGACAAGCCGGCUUAAACUGAAAUUCAGAAAGCAGAAGAGGCAGAGGGGAGCCGCCGUGGCUGCCGUCACCGGGAGUAGCCGCUCGAAGAAACCGAGAUUUAGCGUUUCCAAACUGAAAUCGAAAAGCUUACCGGCUGUUCAAAGAAAAGUCAAGGUUCUUGGACGGUUGGUUCCUGGUUGCAGGAAGCAACCGUUGCCUAUUAUUCUUGAAGAAGCGACUGAUUACAUAGCUGCGCUUGAAAUGCAGGUUCGAGCCAUGACCACUCUCGCCGAGCUGCUAUCUGGCUCCGGUGCCGCCAGCUCUGGCUCAGCUCUUCCGCCCCAGUCGCCGCCGCCUAGUCAGUAACACCUUUAAUUUGCUUAGUUGCCAAGUCAUCCUCAUCUUCCUUUUUUUAUUUUUUAUUUUCUUGCCUCCUCACUCUCUAAGUAAUGUUAAAUACAUGUUUUCUUUGUUUUUCGUUUUCCUUCUCAAGCAAGUUUAUCUUAUAUUUUCAUUUUAUUCAAAAAAAAUAUGAAGAAAGGUUGGGAUUUAAGAUUUUCCUUCAUUAUUAGGCCAUUGUUCCUCUGAAAUAUACUGCAAUAAAAAAAAUUGUAAAUGCUUGACUUUUGUAGAGUUGUUACUCAAUGAUUUCAGGCUUGAAAUCAAGAAA